UCGUUAUAUGGAGGAUGCAAUGGUGACUUGGUCAUCGUUAAGCUACAAUGACACCGUCAAGAGCCCGCACUUUGAUGUUUCGCCUGACGAGGGCCCCAUCGUCCCGAGUACAAUCUUCUCGCACAUCGCCUUCAAGCCUCUGCAUCGUGGUGGCAUUAUUGACCCCUCCCAGGAAGAGUUGGCGUAUCUACGUCCCGUUGACCAAGAUCUAAGGCAGACCCCACCCUCAGAAACCCUUGACGACCAUCCCAUCGCCUUACGGACGUUCGCCUCCUUUCCACCCAUCGAAACUAUAAACGUCGACUCGCCGUUCGAGAUCGUUCGCAUGCUGAACAGAAGAGGGCUGGUCGCAAAGGAUGUUUGCCGGUCCCUGGCUAUGCAUAUGGAGCAGAAGGUGUACUCUGAUAGCCUCAAGGAUAGCCUCCACUAUCUCGGCCUGGAGGUCUCGCGUGCUUUCCCCUGGGAUUUAACGACCAUCGAAGAAUGUGUGAGGCAACUGCAGGACUGGUUCAAAAUUGUUCGAUGGGUAGGAUUCGAGUACCAGCGCCCUCAGCGGAAUCGGUGGUUUGUGCUCAAGUUCGAGCCGAGAGAACUGCCAAAAUCCGAGCGGGAGAUCGUUGGGCUGUUUUGUUCUGGUGUGGGUACGUAAUGGAGCGAAGGCAGGG